GUGUCUCAGAACCCUGGAAAAACAGAAGAUGGCACUGAACAAUCAUGUGUCUCAGUGUCAAUCUGCUCUUCAGAAGGCCAACCAGCUCUCUUCAAACCGCGCUGGACAACUGCGGGAGCUCAACACGCAGAUCCGGGCCCUGCAGGACGCAGUGCUGCAGAUGGAGGCUUCCCAGGCAACUCGAGAGAAGCAGCUGCUGAAGGAGCUGGAGGAGUCUCGAGCAGGAGAACGCUGCUUGAGGGACUCUGUGCAUGUGCUGGAGGCUGAGGUGUCUGAGCUGCGUGUGAAGCUCCAGAGCUCUGAUGACAAAGCUCUUGCCUUGGCCAUACAGUGUAAGGCUCUGGAGCUGGAGCUGAGGAAGACACAGACUGAGAGAGACAACCUCAGAGCCUGCAACAUGGAGCUGCAGAAGGAGUUGGAGAAAACUGAGCAAGAGUGGGUGCAGGCAGAAGCCAUGCACAUCUCUCGCCAAAUUCUCCUGGACAAAGAGGCCACGGAAAGGCAGGAAGAGGCUGUGACUCUUCGUCAGGAGGUGGCAUUUCUGAAGAAGAAAUUGGAAAACCUGGAGAAGGAAAGGAAGGAUGUGCUGGUGAGAUUGGCAGAUGCUACAAUGGGCAAUUUCCUGGCUAUGUUUGGACCUUGUGUUAAUAGUUCUAAGGGGCACCUUUUUCCCCUUUAACUUUUAUAAUUGCAUUCUUCUGAAUAAGAAGGGAAAGAUGUUGUAGUCAUGGCAAAGGCAGUUAAUGCUGAGGCUGCUGAUUUUCCUCCAUGCUGGGCUUCUGUGCCUAAGAAGCUUUAGUUCUCAAUGUCCUCACUGUCUCUGUUGACAUUGCAUGGUUUGGGGAAUUGCUGGUGUCCAAGCCCAUGUUUGGAUUUCUAAAUAUCGGGAAAGAGAAGGGAGAGUCCCAUGUUUGCUGUUGAUAGAGAGAUGUUUGGCCUUGGCCAUCUGAGAGCAGCCAGUGGGGAGAGAAGAGAGGAAAGCCAAGUGCUGAUCCCACAUCAGGACGUGUGCCUGCAAGGGGACAACUCGUCCUGAGUGGCAGCAGAGAAUGACUGACUGAUCUGGCCCUUGCUGCUCCCAGAGAGGGCAGUGGGGCUCUCGGGGAUGGAGCCAUGGAAACUCUGCACAGGAGAGGUGGAAAACCACUCCUGUCAGCCCAGCCCCAGGGAAUGAAAGGCUGGGUCUGUUUGCUCUUU